CCUCUGUUCUUCUGAGAUAAUUUCACUCCAUCUGUAGACUGAUUACCUUCGCAUCUCAUUCCCCGAAUUCCCAUGGAUGCUGCUAACCAAAACGAGCUUGACCUUGAUACCGAACCAUCGCUGAAGAGGCAAAGAGAGGAGCCUGUUGGAAAAUCGAAGAUUGAUACGCAGGAUAAUUUUGGACAGCCUGAUUCUCUUGAAGCACGAGAUCGAGAGCCUAGUCCUGCAGUGGCGGAAGUCCACAAAAGGAUAGAGGAUUUCACACAAAAGCUUUGCACGAUUCUCGAUGCUGGAAAGCAAGCUCUUUCUGCAGCCCACGCAGCAUGGGAGGAGCAGCUCGUUCAGAUCCACGAAAACCAGAUUGAAAUUUGGCAACGCCAGCUUGAAGAGAUCAAGGAACUGGAGUCCAUGAAUGACGAGAUUGGAACACGGCUCCUGUCAGCACAAAAUGUCUUUGACCGGCUGCAGCCAGCCGUUGCAGAGCGUCAUCUUGAAGAAUGAGUGUAUUACUCCCCAGCUCAAGCUGAAUUCCUGGCUUUGUGGAGCAGUGAAUGACUGACUGAGUGCUGACCUCCACAAAUUUCCGCAAUAUUGUUGUACAGCAU